AGCUUGCUUCUGGCACACACUUGCCGAGGAUGAUUUUUGUCAAAAAUGGAGCGAGAAAGCAAUUCGCAAAGGAGCUAUAGCUAAUGCAGCUCCUGGCGCUAGUUCUUGUGAAUUAGUUUUUUUAUACGAACAUGACGACUCUCAUCGAGCAGAUCGCCUCCGGUCUCUUGUCUGUGCUCCAGAUUGGCUUUUUACCACUCCAGCUUCUGACGCGUCGGAUAUUCAAUCUAACAGCCGGUCACGGUGCUGGAAGAUGUAACACUGACGACUGGAAGAGGGGGACAACGACAGAGCCAAACGCAACCCCAAAAAACCCGAAGCAUGUCCGUGAGGCAGACGCAGUGGAUUCUCUCACCACGUGUGACGAAAGCAAGAUGUUGAAGUCAGGCGACGACGAAGACGAUUGCAGACCUAGAUCGUCUUCUGCAGCGUCGAGUCAAAUGCCAGGCGAAAAAGGUGCUGACAACGACGGAGGCGAUGGAGCAGCCCAGCAUCAAGCCCCGGCAAACAGCUCAUCCUCGUCCCCCGCUUCCAACAUCAAGAUCAAACAGUCGGAGGCCACUAUCAAUAGUGUAAAAGAGAAAAGGGAUAAUGACGUAGAUGGUGCACAAGCUUCGAGCAAUAUAAUCUACAAGCGAGAAAAGGAGAUUUCGUCUUCGACGCCAUCACCUGCUGAGGCUUUCGUACUAGACUCCCUCGGUUGUCCUCUAUGGUACACGAUCCUCUCGUACCUGGAUCCUCUUUCCCUGCAUACUUUUGAGCUCACAUCAAAAGCGAUCCGCGACUUCAGAGGCCCGGUCGGCGAAUCUUUUUUCGAAGUGGCUUGGCGGGUGUGCUACCUUCAGCCAUUCAAGGGCGGACACUUGAUAAGUAGUGGGGUCACAAGCGACGAGCAGACGUCUGCCGCAGUCGCACAGAGGGGCAUCAGCGUCGUCGCAAUACUGAAGAAGUUCCGCAAAGAGCUGCGCGAAGUUCAAGCAGCCUUAGGCCGUGCCAAUGUUGGCGUGGGGUCUAGUGAUGCGUCACGACAAGAAUUAAUGACGAAAAGGGAGAGACUCUUCCGAAGAAGCCGGAAGCGUGGAGAACGAUUCAAGCGGGCAAGCUUUCACAGAGAUGCCGCUUUCGAUUCCGCAGAGAACUCAGAGGGGUUGAAGCACUAAGCCAAGAGUUUUUUAAAAUUUCACUGUGCUAGCUGUCCUUGUAGUUGUUGGAUCUCGAUGUAUAGGAGAUUGAUCAUGGGCUCUAAGACACCAUAUUGGGCAGGGCCAAGGUUGUUAUCCGCCUCUGCCGCGCCCUGGCGCAACGGCGGGCCCCGGACCUAUCGGACGACGCAGAUGGAUACUUCCUGCAUGAAUGUCGGGACUUGGGAAAACUGGCUGACGACAUCGCCACCCGACUCGAGGAGGUUAGAAACGUGAAGGAAGAAAAUGGCCGUGACUGCACGCAGCAGCUUUAUGAGCCCAAACCCGAGAUCCCAUGAUGCCAAUAGGCUAUUUUCAGAAUGACCGACUGAGAUCCACGGACCAUGGAACGAAUACAUAGUAGAAGUUAGCCUUUACGUAUACGGGGCUGGUCCAUCUCAACAGACUAAGUAUUAGUAUGCAGGAUUGUAUUUCAUAGCGAAAAGUAGAAAAGACUUAGACACUUUUGUGAAAAGUAUCUAUCUUCAGUAUUCAGUUCGAUAAGGACGAUGAGAAACUUUUCUGAACUUCUUCUAAGAGCUGCAAAGAUUCCUCGAGAAAGGUUGUCUUUCCUGGGGACUUCGGUUUUCCGAUGAUGCGGUGGACAGGAGAGGAAACCGUAUUGGCACAGUCCAGUAUCAUUUCACAGGCUUCGCAAUUUUUGGCGUACCCGGAACCCCGAUCUUCAUUGGUGCUUGCCGAAUCACUACCAUAACAAGCGCGUCGCCUGUGAAACAGACCCGCUUCGGCCACGGAGAGGAAACGCUGGAGAAGUCGGUCUUUUAUGAACAAGAUAUUUACUUAUUAGGGGUUCUUAAUCUUAUCGUGCGUAGUUUGAUCAUAUGAGCAGAUCUAGAAGUAGCACAUCAGUCUGCGCGCUCUCAGUGUAGAAAGUGUUGACCUGCAAGAAAGGGAAAGCGUAAGUUAGAGAUCCAACAUUCAAUUUUGUUGCAGUUGCUGCACCAACUCGCUGCUCACUAAAUUAUGAUCCUUCUUCUAGUUGUAUUCAAACGAGUAGACUACAAAAAUAUUGAACGCGUAGUUACUCCAUCAAGGAGAGUUGUCAGCUGAUGGUGAGCUUUUGAAGGGAGUGACACUCUUCAUUACGGCAAAGCAUGGCUGAUUCCGAUCGGGGGCGAUGUAGCUUCCAUGAAGAGAUGGCGGGAGACACUGGGUGAUGAGCUUUUGCAAAACACCACCAACGGGCGCAAGCGCUUUGACGCUCGUCCGCAUUUGGACGCGAGGAGCGGCGACGAUUCUCACCGGUCAGACUCCUCUGAUGAAGACGAAGAUAGUGAUGGGGAUGACGAUAAGUAACUAAGAACAGUAAAUAGCUUUUAGAAAGAGCAGAAGCAAGGUCGCGCUCGUCGUGCAACUCGUUGGCUGUGUACAUGAUGAAGAAAGGGGUAUAGUAUCGUAGUGGUUUCAGUGUAUGUUCGACGGCAAAAGCUAGGAGAGCUACCUUCUACAAAACGACAGAGAAGCAAGAUCAUUAUGCUUUCAAGAUAGACGCUACCGCCCUUGGAGGUCUUGGUCAUCGCAUGCAAGUUCACUCUUCGAGAAGUCCUCGACCAGUCGCGCCAAGAAACUUCUUUGUCUUUAUUUCGUUUCACUUGACUAUGGUUAACUGCUUCUAAUGAUACCGACGAGGACUUGCCCAAUGUGUCGGCUCGUAGGCGAGUUGCUGCUGGCUGUCGGCGGAGUUAUUUUCACGUGCGCGAUUGGCACCCGGGAAGACUCCGCAGGGCUCGCAAAUGCGUAGGGGUGGAGUUGGAUGAAUGCGCUGGGCAGCAGUGGUCUUCUUUCGGAAAAAAUCCGGACGAUGAGGAAUACAACUACACUCCUGACAUCCACUGUGAUGUCAUGAUAUCCCUGAAGUUCCUUCUCCAUCUGCUCCACCACGGUGAAAUAAAAUGUAAAGACAUUGGUAAAAGAAUAGCAGUGCACUGGCGCGAGGAUCGACUCGAGUAAACUAUAUUAAUAAAUAGGCUGCUGUGGGAACAAGGGCCAGCUCCAAGAAUGUAUCUAUGUACAAGUACAACGCAGUUACUUCUACUUAAUAUCCCAGCAACAACAAGAUCUCGAUUGGGUGACUGAGGACGAGAACUGUAUUGUUGCGCUGCAGGUGUACAUUACAAAGUUUUCGCUCAUACUGAUACUUCUACGCACCAUUGUGAUGUUCCUCAUUAUCUCGUGGCGCACAUUACUGUUUUCGUCCCGAUUUGGAAGUAACUUGAAGGCAUUUAUUUGAUUUUUGACACUGGUUAUUUCGCACAACAAGAAAGACACCGACGAGUCACUACGAAUACGCUGAUGAUCCUUUCUAGAUCAGAUGACACCAACUCGGAAAGUGGAGGAACAUGAUGACAUGGCGAAAAAGUGAAGUAGAAGCAAAUGCAGCUGCGCGUUCUUUGUGCAGAAGCAAAUUUCCGCAGUAGACAG